UUCAGUGGCCAAAUGGCUUUAAACCAUGCACAGAUGCCCAGACAUACACAGACUCUGCUCAGUUCAUCUUCUGCAUAUGGCCCACAGCAACAACAACAACAACACCUUUUGGCAAAUGCCCCCCAGACAGGAUUGGCUGCACCAGGAGCUGUUCCAAGAGAACCCCCUAGGCUAGUACAUUUACCCAUCACUGAUACAACGUAUGAGGUUAAACAAAGGCAGUUUCAGUACCAAUGUCAUGGUCAGGAAGAGCAACUGAUAGCUUCUAACAAGAAUAGUCUGAUGUCAGGGCCACCCAGCAUUCAAAAUUAUGUACAGCCCAUGCAGCAGCUACAAAAGCAACAACAUUGGCAGCAGCUACAACAGCAUACAUCAGUUACACACGCUACAUACCACAGAGAAAACGCUCCUUAUCCCAUGAGAAUGGAGGCUAAUGGUCAUCAUAUACCAGGAACUUAUAUCAGGUGCCCAGUACCAAGAAUGCCUGUGGGAGGUUCUAUAACUAAUGGCCACCCAAUCUCUAGGCCCAGGGCAGCCAUGGUAAAGCAUUGGCCAAGACCAGCAAAUCAGCAACAGCAAGCAAUGCAGAUGCCAUUUAAAGCUUUCAUGCAGCAUGGGAAGGAGACCAUGGCAGGAUAUCCUAAUAAGAUGGCUGAACAAAUACAGGGUGCUAGGCAUUUUCAGCUGGGACAUCCAUUGCACUCAUGCUCCCAAGUCAGCCCUAGAAAAGAAGGCAUUUCUGUCGUUCCUCAGACCCCUACAAGUCCCAGAAAUGGUGCUCAUUUUCCUUCUCAUGGUAACCAGACAAGUGCUAGUGGAGUUUCCUACCCGAAUAGAGCCAUGCAAGCACCUGGGCAGUUUAUCAGGAUGAACAUGCAGAAUGCACAUUUACCAGAGAAAGCAGUGGAUGUUAAAAUGCAAAUGACUGCUACAGGGCAUUCACAGUCAAGACUACAGGACAUGAACCAAGAACAUUUCAGAGCAGGCAUCAGAAGGGAGAAUCAAGGCCAUGAAAAUGGAACCCAUUUAAAUGGAUAUCCAGGUCACCAGUUUUCUCCCGGAGAUGGCCAGCAAUUUCAGGGCAGAGUUAGCCUUGGUGUUAACAGCAAUUGUGUAGAAAUGAUGCCCCCAACCCCAGCACAGCCCUGCGAUACUACAAGGGACAGUCUGAAUGUGUGUGCUGUGUGCAGAAGAGAAGCAUCAUUCCUGUGCUCUGGGUGCAAAGACAGCUGGUAUUGCAGCCAUGAAUGCCAGAAUCAGGCCUGGCCCCUACAUUGCAGUGAGUGCAAACGAUAGAGGUCUGUUUUAUGGACCUUAUGGUUUGCCUAAGGAAAAUUAAAACAGCAGUAUUCUCAGGGAAACAUUAAAAUAAUGUAAGCUAUGAGAUGCUCUAGGCCUUUAUUAAAUAACAUCAGUGAGAUUUAUACAUUUAUAACCGUGGGAAUUUUUGUGUACAGCCUCCAUAGUAGCUUGAAGGUUGUAUAAACCAGCACACACAUAAAAAUUUAAAUAUAAUAUUUGGUUUUGAGUUGACAUUGAAUAUUUAUAUAAAUGUUAUUUAUACAGAUUAAUACCUGUAUGCCUUACUUUAUAUUUUUCCUCCUAACUUAUUUCAUAAAUUUAAACUGAAUUUAUAGCAAUUCUCAAAUAACUGUUUUUGAGUAUAUAAUUUAUGAAAUCAUAUAAAAUUGAAAUUAAGAAUAUAUUUAUAUAUAACAUAUAGGAUAAGUGUAUGUAAUUGAUUUGCUUUUUCUGUUUUAAAAUACAUUUCCUUAUUUGUUGUUUGUUGAGUAAUGUAUAUAUUUGUGAAUUAAAAAAGAUGGCAGUGUGGUGAUUUAUGUAUUAAACUUGUUACAGCAAUAUUGUUGCCAAGUAUACAAGUUAAUUUGGUCAGAUGUUGCCUUGUGCUCUCGAUAUUGCCAUAAGUUUACUCAGUGCACCCUUCUGGCUGCAUGUGAACAAUCAGGAUGGUCACAUCAGUAAUGGCACAUAAAAUAUAUGAGGGCAAAGGCUAAAAUGUGAUAUGCAGCUAGAAUAUAUACUGCACAAAAUGCAUAAAUACGUUAAACAUUUUACUCUCUUACUGGACCAAUGGCAUAUUGCAUAAUAGGCUUAAUGUUGACAUGUUCAGUGUGGUCUUGUGUUAUAAAUAUUGUCUUGCUUUAAAGUGAGACUUUAAGUUAUUUAAGUUCAUAUUACAUAAACACUAAACAGUACCUGUUUUUUACCUUAAACAUAAUUUAUAUUGUUGAAAACUGAUAAAUUAUUAGUUCAAAACGUUAUGUAUGGAAUUGGUUUCAGAAAGUAUAUAUGAUAUUAUGUUUUUUACUUAUUUUUGUUAUUUUUAAACAAGUGGUACCUGGGUAUAAUUAAACUAAGCUUAAUACACAGGCACCACUUGAUCAAGCUUUAGCCUGAAAUUUGCUUUCAAAAUGAGGAUUUUUCUGUCUGCUUGGUGCUUUAAUGUGCUUUUAUAUUUAUUUGCAAUGUUAAGAUAUUUGAGGGACACAUUAUUAUUAAUGUUAAGUAUUUGAAACAGCUGUAUUGCUGCCUUUAUGAAAGUGCAGUUUAAUUAUUUUAAUUUGUUAUAUUUAUUGUUUGUAGCAUGUUAAACAGAAAUACAAGUUUAAUUUUUGUUGUUGUCAUUGCAAUGAAUUUUACAAAAUAUAUUUUUUAAUAAUUCACUUUCAUGAGACUGACAAUUCUAAUGUUGUGAUAUUGAAAAUAUGAAUUGGAAAACUGUUUUUGCAACAAAUAAAACAUUCCUCUCGGAUGAUCUGUAAUAGAUAUACAGUUUAAUUGUGUAAAAUGUUAUUGUGCCACCAGUGGUGAGCUAGAGGCACCUAGAAUUUACAUCCCUUAUUUUCAUAUGUGUUCAUAAUCUGCCCAUCUGGAAACUUGCUACAAUUACUGGGUUAUUUUAAACAUCUUCACUAAAAACAUUAACAAUCACUGUUUGGUAUGGACACAAGAUGAGAAAGUUUUUUUCAAGGGUAAACAACAAAUUCCAUACUAACCAAUGGUAAAUGAAUCCAUUACGACAUUCAAAGUGAGUCCCCAUUUUUCAUCGAAAGGUUUUUAAUGUAAUUAUCUGUUAAGAGAUUAUCACAGAGGGUAGCCAUCUAUGGAGGUAACAUGUAACAACCUUUUUGGUGGUGAAAUAGAAUUCAUUAUAUGUCUGUGAGUUGUUUGCAAUGUCUUUAUUGUGAAAUAUGGAUCUCAGAGUUGUUAUCCUUUUAAAAUGCCUUUUCCCAGUGAUCCCCAUGACCCAACUGGUGGUACGUAUGUAUGAGGUGGCUCUAAUGCUCAACCUGGGUUAUCACAAUGCUAAUGUUAUGCAGCUUUAAGCUAUUGUUAUUUUAUGUUUUAUUUCCUUUGACAGUUUUCCAAUUGUGAAUGAAAUAUUCAAAUUAUGUGCUAAAUUUUAAGGUUAUGGUGUUACUUAAACAGAUUGAACAAUUGAUUGUAGGCAUGUGCAAUGCAAUGGUCUCAACGCUAAUAGCCAUUUAUUCCUUCAUUUCAACUCAAGUCAGAAAAAGAUAUUAAAUAGUGAUAAGUAUAACAUUUCCGUAUGUAAACGUAAAGAGCUUGUGAAUUUAAAUGUUGAUUCACCUUUUUUACGUGCACAUUUGAUCUUUUAUAAUAUUUUAUUUUCUAAAUUCAAUUCUAACACCUUUUUAUAAAAAUGUGGACUGAAAAUUGAUUUCAAUCUAGUAGCACAGGUUGGUCCAGGAGGCAUGUCCUUCCCCUCUCCACCUUCUUGAAAAUGUUUCAUGGAAACAGGCUGUACAAAAUGAGACAAAAACAUCAGUCCCUGCAUGCUAAGCUAAAUCCAUAACUGUGUUGUAGACUAGUCGGAUAUUAAAUAUUAUGUGGUUGUAGGGUUUUGAACACUGACAUUCCAUAUAUAGUAGCUAUAAAGAGAAGUAUUCAUUUCAACACAACGGGAGAUUAAGAAGUCCAUGAUUCAUGUAAUAAUUUGAAUAGUUUUUUAUAUAUAUAAUAGAUGGAAUAUAGAAGUAGACAUAUAUUAGCCAAUGUUUCUGCCAAGGUCUGCAUAAAAAAGAAACAGUGAAAACUGAGUAAACCAGGAACAGCAAUACAAAUAAGAUAAUGUAUACAAAAACAGUUAUUAUAUUUAAAACAAGAUUCUCAUAUAUUAUAUAUUUAUUACAGGGUUUUUGCUUUAUGACAAAUUUCCAUGUAAAUGAAGUUCCCAGUAACAUUUUCAGUUAGGCUUGUAGCUACCUCUGUUGUGCUCAAUUAAUCAAAAUCCUACUACAUCAGGCUAUGGUACAGCUACUGGUCCUCAUAGUGAUCUCAUGUUGAAAACUUUGGUCUAGGUAACCAGUUAUCGCAGUUUUGAAUUCAAAUUUAUGCACAUCCAUACUAAUAAUUUUAUAUACUGAAUGAGGACUUGGUUUGCAUAUUACAAAAUCCAGUUAGUAUUCUAAUAACUAGGAGCAGAACUAAUCAAUGGGCACAACUUGCACAUGAUGCAAGUACUUUGAUAUAUUUUACUUUUAAUACACAUGGCAUCAAGAAUAUUUUACCAAGAACUGUUCAAAUGUCAAUUUCGUGCCAGUUAUGAUUGAAACUAUGUUAAACCACACUUUUAUGGAAAGAUUUAACCUUCAGGGGUUUACAAGUACGUAAAAAGAACCUUAGAACUGAUAAUAAAUCCACUUUAGGGCCCAUUUUCCUAGGCCAAACUUGGCCGUUUUGGUUGAACAUUCUUGGUAAUACAUUCUCGAUGACGUGGAGUGGUUAAUAAAGAAUACUGCAACUUCAUAAAAUAUUCAAAAAUUUUUCUUUCAAAAAGUUAAAUUUAAAUUGUAUAUAUCAUAUGCAAAUAUAUUUAUAGACUAACCAAGAUUUUCUACAGUUUAGGAGCCAAGAUUGAUUAAAGUUGACCAAAAAUUUUAUAAUGGGAAAAAUCCGUAUUGGAUAAAAGAGAAAGUAAAAAAAAAACUCCAGUUAUUGGAGUUUUGUGUAACAUACAUGUGAAAAGCUGCAAAGCCAAAAUACCAGUACAAUAAGUCCAUUUAGUCCUUUUAUUAUGGUUGAAUGAUAUCAAAAGGGGCAAGACUUCUAUACAUCAUUUUAAAUUGUGACAUAUUGGAUGGCCAAUUUGGUAAGUACAUGUCUUCAAAACUUGAGCUUAAUUUACUGUGGUGGUUAUCUUGGAAUUUUAGCAACUUUGUCAACAGCUUGUUUGUCCAAUAAGCAGCUUCAUUAGCUCUAAAUACUAGGCUUUAUUAUUAUUUUUUUCUUUUUUGAAAUUGUCCAUCUUUAUAAAGACUUCUAAGCCAUUUUAAAGGUAUUAGUAGCGUGGCUUCCAGGCAACUGAAAGCUGUUCUCAAAUGCAGCCACUCUAAUGAAAAUCAAUGAUAUUAAAUUGUUAUGGAUAGAAGUAUAUUUCCUUUCAUUAUUGUCAUCUGAAAUGGGAAAAUGCACCUUUGUUUUAUGCAUUGGUGACAUUAAAGCAAAAUGAAAAUGCACUUGUAAUGUAUAGUUUAACAAGCACUAUCUGUAUAGGUAUAUGUAUUCAUAAUCUAUUUCAUGACCUUGCAAGUCGUUCCACAAAAAAGUGAAAAUUUGAUCACAUCAGUGCUGCACAUUUUAUGUAAUAUUUUGAUAAAUAUGAUUUGCCCCAUUAUCUUCUUCCAAUACUGUUGUACCCUCCGAUAUGGAAAGAAAUCAGUAAUUAAAUAGUAAUCAAACAAAUAUCCAAAUAUUAGACAAUAUGUUUGCUUUUUUGUGGAAAGCCUCUAGCACAAGUUUGCAUUUAAUGCACAUACUGUAUAAAUGUAUGUAUUCUGUGACAGUUUUGUUGGGUUUGGAUAUUUGAGAUACAUGUGGUAGAAUUCUUUUAGGUGUUUGUGUGUGAUAAAAAACUUGUAUAUUUAAUAGUAUAUUUAAUAGGGUAAAGAGCUAUAUUUAUUUCACAUGAAAUUUGUUUUCGAAACAUAUUUUUAAGAUAUUGCUUCAUUUUAUUAUAACCUUAAUAGAUACUCUAUGCACUGAUUACCUAUUUUUCUAAAAUGCUGGAGUGGAUUUGGCUGACAGUGUGUUAUAAGUAUUUAUAAUAUAAAUAACAUAAACAAGUUGCCUUUGCUUAGUAUUUAAAAAAUAACUGCUUACUCUAUUUUUAGUACAGAAUAUUUGCAAAAUUUAUUGUUGAUCUAUCCACAUAUAAAAUUCUUACUGUUCUUAUGUAAUUAUGUCCUAAGGUGGAAUUAUUGUUUUUGUUAUAUGGAUCUUGUUAUCUUUAUUAAAUGGUAAAAAGGAAAACAUCCCUAGUUGCUUUUUUUCUUUUUUCUACUAUUUUAAAAGGCACAAGGGACAAAUUCAUAUGCAAAAGGUUUUCAUCACACUUUCAGUGCUUUUCUCUUCAUGUGCACAUCAAGUGCACCUUGAACAUACAUUAAGUUUUAAAUCUUUACAUAUAGAUAAAAAAUGCUGUAGUUUUGAAUGCACUAUGUUGCCCUCAAUUGUCAUUUAAAGCCCGUGAUGAUGAUCUUUGUUUUACAACAAAAUUUGCUGUUUUAAACUAGACAUAACAAAGUCACUUAGUGUUUUUUAAUGAAGA